AUGGGGAGAAUGAAGAUAGAUAUAGAAAAGAUCAAUGACCCAACCAAGAGACUGAUAACUUUUUCGAAAAGAAGAGGCGGUAUCCAGAGCAAAGCUGCUGAACUAUGCAGGUUAUUCGCAGAUAUUAAUAUCAGCAUAAUCGUAUUCUCUCCUGGUGGAAGGGCUUUCACCUUUAGUAAUUCUCCUCUAGGUGUUUGUAAUAUGGUUGAACGGUUCCUGCGAGAACAAACCAAAGAUAAGAUACAAGAAAACAAGAAUAUACAGCAAUGCAGAAACAAGGCUGGUGUUGGGAACGGGAGUACUGAUAGCUUUUGGUGGGAUAAUAUAGACAUGGAAGAACUUGAAUCCGUGGAAAAGUUAAAAUCUGUCAGAGAGUCUUUGGCAAAUUUGAAACGAAAUCUGUUUGCAAGAAAAGAGAAACUUACUGCAGCAGCAUUGUCGCCAUUGUCAUCUUCCUCUUCACCAAUUAACGACACAAUUAUAGAAGACCGAAUUGUGGAAGAUGCUGCAACAAGUAUUACUGAGAAGCAUGAAGCUUGGAAGAUAUGUUGCAAAGAUCAUCCUAAUCUUGAUCUUAGUCUUAAUCUUGGGUGGUAG